AUGGCAGAGAACCACGAUGGCCCUUCCACUGCUGAAGCAGGAGGAGGCAUCCCCACGAACACUACUACCACCAGCACUGCAGCUGAUGCUACUACUGCCGCUAUCGAAUCUAACAGGCUCCGUGAGCCUGUUUCCAGCGCCGCCUACGUUUACGAAGACUUCGCCUCUCGUUUCUUGCCCACGAAGAUGGCCAACGAACCCAUGAACGAAGCUUCCCGAGAAGACAUCGCCAGAUUGAGCGCCCAGAUCUCCGAACUCAAGCAGAUGGUUAUCCAGAUGUGGCAAGGAUACCAACCUCCCUAUGAUGACAAUGGAGGGUCGAUCUUUGCAAAGCGUCCUACUACGAUGCGGAACGCAUGGGACCCACGACGUGGAAAGGGAAAGGUAGAGGAUUCUCCUCCCAAGAUCAUCGUUCCAAGCACGGCCAAGGUUGCUCGCCUCGAGAUAGAGUUCGGGUCCGAGUCUCCUGAGCAAGCCCAAGCUCCGGAAGACACUGGCAACAACAGCCAACGUCCUAACAAUGCAACUGUAUGGGAUUCGCUGGCCAACCCGCGCCUCGCCGCAAUCGCUGUACCGGACGGCAGUAGUCCAUUCUCUUCGUCUUUUGAAGAAUCUGAGGAACGAAGCUUUGGAUCAUCAAGCAAGAUCGAUUCCCCCUCUCCGGCAGACCGCCAGCCUGAAGUACGUGGUUCUGCGCCCUCCGGUAAAGACGAUUCACCUGCCUCGUCUUCCUCAUCUUCUGAGCGAAGCUCUAAGCAGUCGGCCGAACAUGAUUCAUUUACCGCGAACAACGCUAAAGGGCAUGAGAUCGAACGUCUUAAGCUGGCUCAAGAGGCUGAGGAGCUGGCUGACUAUGAUGUCCUGCUUAACUACUUCGUUUAUUACCUCACCCAUCCCAACCAUGAACGAAAGCCCACAGUUGAGCGCAGCGAUGUGACCCCUGGCAUGGCGCAGAGCUUUCGGAACGCUGCUCAAGACCCCAGGGGCAAGAAGUUGCAGGUGAAGGCUGAUAUUCGCGACCGUGUUCGCAAGUUGAGCAAGGAGACUGCGGUUGAUCUCUACCUCGCACUCAGUCAGCGAUACUUCAGAGAGUAUUUGGAUUAA